GCUGCUCCGCGGCGUAGAGAGGAGGCCGACGUGACGUGACGUGAUACGAAACGACGUGACGUGACGACAGGACUGCAGACAGAAGCGGUCUCCCCCCCCAGGAGAGGGAACGCUACACACACAUGAUCGGGACGUUGGGGCGGUUGAUUGUGGAUCUCGUGUCCGGACGCGCGACGCUGGUCUCGGACUGACUUGUUGGCUCUGGCCGCUCUUCCUCGUCGGAGGGCAGCCGCGGACUGGAGGCGGCUCGGUUGGAGAAGGUUGGGAUGUCCUGAGUUCCUACCGGUGGGCCCAGAGAGCGGCGUACUGAUGGGACCGGCUGUGCCACCAUGAGCUUACAAGAUGGCAGCUGCAGUUACGCCAGCAGCGCCAACAUGGCCGCCGCCAGCGGCAGCAUGCGGCGGCGCCUGGAGGACCAGGAGUUCUCCCUGCGCGUCUACCCGGGCUCCCUGGCGGAGGGCACCAUCUACUGCCCUGUCAGUGCCCGCAAGAACACCACAGCGGCUGAGGCCAUCGAAAGCCUCAUUGAGCGGUUACACCUGGAGCGGACCAAGUGCUACGUGCUCGCCGAGGUCAAGGAGUUUGGCGGCGAGGAGUGGAUUCUUAAUCCUAGUGACUGCCCCGUACAGCGCAUGAUGCUGUGGCCCAGGAGCGCCUUGGAGAACCGUGGUGGCCUGGGAAGCGGCGACGAUUACCGCUUCCUGCUGCGAGAGAAGAACCUAGACGGAUCUAUCCACUAUGGCGGCAGCCUUCAGAUGUGGCUGAGGGUGACUGAGGAGCGUCGCCGCAUGGUGGAACGGGGUUUCCUCCCACAACCUGCAGGGAGCGACCCCCCUGCCGAUCUAUGCGCUCUCCCAGAACUCACGGAGCGCGCCCUUUUGGAGAGCCUGCGUGCACGUUUCCGCCAAGAGAAGAUCUACACGUACAUCGGGAGUAUUCUCAUCGUGGUCAACCCCUUCCAGUUCCUUCCCAUAUACAACCCCAAGUACGUCAAACUGUAUGACAACCAUGCGCUGGGCAAGCUGGAGCCGCACAUCUACGCUGUGGCCGACGUGGCCUAUCACGCCAUGCUACAGCGCCGCAAGAACCAGUGCAUCGUUAUCUCGGGCGAGAGCGGAUCUGGGAAAACACAGAGCACCAACUUCCUCAUUCAUCAUCUAACCGCCCUCAGCCAGAAGGGCUUUGCCAGCGGGGUGGAGCAAAUCAUCCUGGGGGCGGGGCCUGUGCUGGAGGCUUUUGGGAACGCCAAGACAGCCCACAACAACAACUCCAGUCGCUUUGGCAAGUUCAUUCAGGUCAACUACCAAGCCAGUGGCACUGUCAGAGGGGCCUAUGUGGAGAAGUACCUGUUGGAGAAAUCCCGGUUGGUCUACCAGGAGCACAAUGAAAGGAACUACCACGUCUUCUACUACCUGCUAGCUGGAGCCAGCGAGGAGGAAAGGACAUCCUUCCACAUGCUCAAACCUGAGGAAUACCACUACCUCAACCAGAUGACAAAGAAAUCACACAAACGCCACUGGGACAAUUACUAUGAGAGCGAGCUGGACUGCUUCAGAGUGGAGGGCGAGGACCUGAAACACGACUUUGAGCGUCUGCAACUCGCCAUGGAGAUGGUCGGCUUCCUUCCUGCCACGCGCAAACAGAUUUUCAGUUUGUUGUCGGCCAUUCUCCACCUGGGCAACAUCCGCUACAAGAAGAAGACAUACAGAGAUGACUCCAUCGACAUCUGCAACCCAGAAGUCCUUCCCAUCGUCUCGGAGCUGCUGGAGGUGAAAGAGGAGAUGCUGCUAGAAGCUCUGACCACCAGGAAGACGGUGACAGUCGGCGAGAGGCUCAUUGUGCCCUACAAACUUGCAGAGGCAGGCACGGUGAGGGACUCCAUGGCCAAAUCAUUGUAUAGCGCCCUCUUUGACUGGAUUGUGUUCAGAACCAAUCACGCUCUGCUCAAUAACAAGGACCUGGAGGACAACUCAAAGGUCCUUUCCAUCGGCGUGUUGGACAUCUUUGGCUUUGAGGAUUACGAAAACAACAGCUUUGAACAGUUCUGCAUCAACUUUGCCAAUGAGCGACUGCAGCAUUACUUCAACCAGCACAUCUUCAAACUGGAGCAGGAGGAAUACAGAGCAGAGGGCAUCACGUGGCACACCAUUGACUACAUCGACAACAGCGGCUGCAUCAAUCUCAUCAGCAAAAAACCCACUGCACUCUUCCACCUCCUGGACGAGGAGUGCAACUUCCCUCAGGCCUCCAAUCAGACCUUGCUGGACAAGUUCAAGCGUCAGCAUGAGGGAAACACCUACAUCGAGUUCCCGGCCGUCAUGGAACCCGCCUUCAUCAUCAGACACUACGCUGGGAAAGUCAAAUAUGGCGUCAAGGACUUCCGGGAGAAAAACACGGACCACAUGCGUCCUGAUGUGGUGGCUUUGCUGAAGAGCAGCAAGAACGCCUUUAUCUGCGGCCUGAUGGGAAUCGACCCUGUGGCAACAUUCCGCUGGGCUGUGUUGCGCGCCUACUUCAGGGCCCUGGUGGCUUUCAGGGAGGCUGGUCGCAGACACACACACAAGAAGACGGGGAACGAUGCUGCCAUCCCCUGUGCCGUUGUGAAAACCGUCGACAGCUUCAGUUUCCUUCAUCACCCAGUUCACCAGAGGAGCCUUGAAAUCCUUCAGAGGUGCAAAGAUGAGAAAUACAGCAUCACCAGGAAGAAUCCCCGCACUCCCUUGUCAGAUCUUCACGGCGCCAACACCUUGAAUGAGAAAGCCAGCUGGGAUGGCUUCAACGGUCGCAGUCCGAGAUCGGGUCGCCUGCCCUCAGCAGCAAGUCCCACCUUGGGAGAGGACGGCAUCUUUGUCAACUCGUCCAACAGCAAACUUCUGGAGCGAGCUCAGGGCAUUUUACUGAGAAACAAAAACUGCAAGCUGAAGCCCACCCUGCCCAAGCACUUGUUAGAUGUGAAGUCUCUGCGCCACCUGAGCAGCGUGACGCUCCACGACCGCAUCACAAAAUCGCUGCUUCACCUGCACAAGAAGAAGAAACCGCCCAGCAUCAGUGCACAGUUUCAGGCUUCUCUCAAUAAACUAAUGGAGACUCUCAAUCAAUCGGAGCCGUACUUUGUUAAGUGCAUUCGCUCCAAUGCUGAGAAGCUGCCGUUACGUUUUAAUGACAGCUUGGUACUCAGACAGCUUCGCUACACAGGCAUGCUGGAAACUGUCCGUAUCAGACAAUCAGGAUACAGCAUCAAGUACACCUUUCAGGAUUUUGUUCGCCACUUUCAUGUGCUGCUGCCACGAGGCACCAGUUCCACCAAAUCAGGCAUCAGGGAGUUCUUCAGGCAGAUCCACCUCCUGCCCGCUGGGUACCAAGUAGGCAACACAACGGUGUUCCUGCGGGAGGCGGAGCGUCAGCGUCUUCAGACCCUCCUCCACCAGGAAGUGCUGCGACGUAUUGUCACGUUGCAGCGCCGCUUCAGGGCGGUUUUGGAGAGGAAGCACUUUGUCAGAUUGAGAGUGGCUGCUUGCGUCAUCCAGCGAUGGUGGCGCCGCUGCCUUCUCAGGCAGUCCGCUAUAGACCUGAGGUUGGAGGAGCAAGCGGUCGUAUGUCUACAGGCGGCCUGGAGGUGCUGCAGGCAGCGCCGGAGGUUCUUGCGGUGCAGGCAUUCGGCGGUUGUGAUUCAGCGGAGCUGGAGGAUUUGCUGCCAUCGAAAGACCAUGGCCGUCAUCACGGUCCAGGCGGCAUGGAGGGGAUUCAUGGCGAGGAGACGCUACUGUGCGGUACACAGGACUGUGACGCAGCUGCAGGUGGUGGCAAGGGGAUACCUGGCCCGGCUCAGGUUCCACGAACUGAAGCAGCAGCUUCAAGCCUCCAUCAUUCAUGACCUCACCACAUCGGAACAGGAAAGAGAGCAGAACCUCUCAGGACCUGCUGAAUGUUCUGCUGUGGUUGGGGUCGAUGUUGCCAAGGAUGUUGACUCUGAUUCAAGUUGGUGUGUCGAUGAAGCAAGUCUCAAGACCCGAUCCAAGAGAGAAAGCAGGCGGAUGAGAGAACUGGAGCAGGCUCAGUUCAGCUUGGAACUUCUCAAAGUCCGCGCCACCAGCGUAGGAACGCCUCCUCAAGAAGAGGCGAGAUCAGACAGCAAUGACUGUUCUGUAGAGGACCAUCACAGACCUUCCCCUCUUGAGUGUCUUACUACUCAUGACAGCUUUAGGCAGCUGACUGUUGAGAAUAUGGAGACAGGGGGUUCUGGAAGCGUUGUACUUGAGGAACGUUCCUCGAUGCUCGAUAGUCAAGAGCCAGUGAGAGAUUCAAACCAUAACGAAAAGCCCAUGGUGGAGUCACCUCACAGGACAGAAGCUCCAAGAGCAACUUUUUACAUCGCUUCUGAUCGAAGUCCAGUUCGAGAAGCAAAAUUUGAAAGCUCCAGUAAAUCUUACAAGGAGAGAAGGGAGUCUGCAUCUAGAAGACCUGUUGUGGUCUUGAUCAGUAUGCAAAAAGAGAGCCCUGUAGAAGAAGGAGUACCCCAAACUCCAGAAAGCGGUUCUCAACUUGGGGGUACACCACUAAUUUCAGGUUUGGAUGUAGACUCUGCGGUUGAACCACCUCAGUCUUCAAGGACUACACCGUCCAAGAGGGGCAGCUUUGAAGAAGGGAAGUCUUCAACCCCUCGUGAAGCAAGUCCAGAAAUACCUGGUCUAUGCUCUAAAGAGGUGGACAUUAACAUCAUUCUGGAGACAAAUCCCAGUCUCGCUCCAGUUCUCCCAAGUCAACAAGAAAGGAAUGCAGGAGCAUGUGGGCAGGGGGGUCCGAGCCCAGUCCUGGACACCAAACCACCCAAAGCCCAAAAGAAGAGUUCGGCUCAGACUGUCAUCGUAAACAUGACAGAGAAACCAACAACCACCAUGUUCUCACCACCCAGACGCAAGCUGCCCUUUUCCAAGUCAGACAAGGAUUUGGUCAACCAGGAAAGAUCCUUGUCCAUGUUCAGAGAUGAUUCCCAGUCUGCUGGAUCCAGAACCAGAGAGGAUUCCCACAAAGAUCAAAAGAAGAUCCAUAAAACAUUGUCAUCAGGAGACCUAGGCAAAGUGGAAGUUCUUAGGAAAACCUCCAGUCAGGAUGGAAGCAGGAUGAGAGGGAAGAUGCGAUUCUGGAGUAAAACAAAACACAGCGAGAAAAAAGUCUUCCUGGAGAAGCCGACCAGCAGUAGCGAGGCCACAGAGACACAUGAGGGCCAGUCUCCACCUCACAGUCCAGAUCCAGAGGCCAUUCCGCAGGGGGGUGUGCGUGACAGUAAGGAGAACAAGGAACCGUCUCCCAAGAUGAAACGACGGCGCAGUGUGAAGAUCAGCAGCAUCGCUCUGGAACCCGCUCAGUGGCAGAACGAUGCACUGCAUAUCCUCACGUCCGCCCACGACUAUCGCACCAUGAAUGACUUCCUUUUGAAGAAGAUCGCUGACCUGGAGAGUGAAAACGGUAAGAAGGACACCAUGGUGGACGUGGUCUUCAAGAAAGCGCUCAAGGAGUUCAGGAUCAACAUCUUCAACUCCUACUCCACCGCUCUAGCUAUGGACGACGGGAAGAGUAUUCGUUACAAGGACCUCUAUGCUCUGUUUGAGCACAUCCUGGAAAAGACGAUGCGACUGGAGCAGCGUGACUGGAGUGAGUCACCCGUGAAGGUGUGGGUGAACACCUUCAAAGUCUUCCUGGAUGAGUUCAUGACCGAGUACAAGCCCAUGGAGGGAACCAUCGGCAGGGCUGCCAAGAGAGAGCGAAAAAAGUCUCGCAAGAAGGAAACUGACAUUGUGGAGGAGCAUCAUGGGCACAUAUUCAAGUCGACCCAGUAUAGCAUCCCGACCUACUGCGAGUACUGCUCCUCCCUCAUCUGGAUGAUGGACCGGGCUUGUGUCUGCAAAUUGUGCCGGUACGCCUGCCACAGGAAGUGCUGCUCCAAGAUGGCCACCAACUGUAGUAAAAAGUAUGAUCCAGAGCUGUCGCCUCGUCAGUUCGGCGUGGAGCUUUCGAGGCUGACUAGCGAAGAGCGUGCCGUGCCCCAAUUAGUGGAGAAGCUCAUCAACUACAUCGAGAUGCACGGCCUCUACACGGAGGGCAUCUACAGGAAGUCGGGCUCCACCAAUAAGAUCAAAGAACUUCGUCAGGGGCUAGACACAGAUGUGGGCAGUGUGAACUUGGACGAUUACAACAUCCAUGUCAUCGCCAGUGUGCUCAAGCAGUGGCUCCGUGACCUGCCCAGCCCACUUAUGACCUUUGAACUCUACAAAGAGUUCCUCAGAGCCAUGGGUCAAGCGGACAAGCGAGAGGUGAUUCGAGGAGUGUAUUCGGUCAUCGACCAGCUGAGCCGCACGCACCUCAGCACGUUGGAGCGCCUCAUCUUCCACCUGGUCAGGAUUGCACUGCAGGAAGAGACCAACAGAAUGUCAGCCAAUGCCCUCGCCAUCGUCUUCGCUCCCUGUGUCCUUCGCUGCCCUGACACCAUCGACCCCAUGCAGAGUGUCCAAGACAUCAGCAAGACGACGGCGUGCGUGGAGUUGAUCAUCAACGAGCAGAUGAGCAAGUACAAAGCUCGACUUAAGGACAUCAACAGUCUGGAGUUUGCAGAGAGCAAAGCUAAGAGUCGAUUGACACACAUCAGGAGGUCCAUGCCUGGCUCCGCCAGACUGAAGGGCAAAAGCCGGGUUCGCCAAAGCGGCAUCCACACGCAAUCUCCGCCACUGAGCCCAAGGGCGCCCCCCGUGCCCGAUGCAGAGAUUACAGAUGCAGGAGGCGAGGAUUCCGCUGAGGCAGGACCGAGCGAGCAGCAGCAGCUUGCCAUGCAGCAAGAGGAACGGAUCCUCGCAGAACAGAUCGAGAGCUUGCAAAAAGAAAAGGAGGAGCUCACUUAUGAGAUGUUGAUCUUGGAGCCGCGCAUGUCAGAUGACGACAAUCCUGAAUCUGAAGCCUCCAUCGGCACGGCGGACAGCUCAGAGAACAUCACCAUGGAAACAGAGGGCGCCACCUCAGAGCCUUCUGAGUUCGGCACGUCUCGCUCUAGAAAGUCGGAGGCAAAGAGCAGACGAGCUCUUCGCCGUCAGGCCGACUCCCAGGACUCCACAGACUCCGCUUCCACUGUGUCGUCCUCCUAUCAGCCCUCGUCCAGCGCCUCGCUGUCCCCUCACUACCGCUUCCGCUCCUCCUCAUCAGGACCGCUGUUCGCCUCCUACGGCCUGGGUGCAGCAGGAGAGUCUGAGACCGAGCAGAAGGCCUGCAAGAGUCGCCUCCGACUCAGACUGAGCCGUAGCUCACCACGAGAGCCCUCAGGCGGCCACCGGAAGGAGCCGGAGUUUGGCUCGGCGCCCCAGCAGCUGGUUCUGUACGGCAGCAACGAGUUUAUGGUGUGAUGCGGGGACGCCGCUGUCGUGAGGAAGCUGGACAUCACCGGGCUGGGAGGAGGGCACGUCCUCGGGGUUUGGUUGAGGCUGGUCACAGGGUCGCAGGCACCCCCUCCUCCACGCAAGCACUGAGCCAGCGCGUUGCUUGACCCUCCCUCCCCGAAAGACAAAGAAAGAGGUGACGUGUAGUGGGCCGUCUUUCCUCUUCAGCUUCUGGGUGGGCUCAUGAAAAAAUGUAGCCAUAACGUCUCCACUGGUCUGCAACCAGCGCUAAGCUAUGCUAAGCUAAGCUAAGCUUGUCCGCUUGUCACGUUUACACACCAGCCAAGAUGCUGCAUGCUCAUCCAUGACACUUUCUUGUCCAGACAUGGUGAUGGUGAUGAUUAUUAUUAUUAUUAUUAUGUUCCAGAGGAAUAUCAUGUACAUAGAAAGUCUGUGUGUGUAUGAGGGAUGGUUGUGCCUUCCCUCUUUCCGAAGUGUGUCAAAGUCAGGUUUCACUUUUCUUUCCUUUCCUUUCCUUUACUACCUCUCCUGUUUUUUGUUUUGUUUCCUCGUCCCUCCUCCUCUCCUGUUUUUCUUUUCCUUUUCCCUCCUCCUUCCAGAGAAAAAUUGACACGUCCUCUCGUGCACUCUGGAAUAACCAUGGGGGGAGUAAAAAGCAUUUUGGCUUGAUUGAUCAGUGUUAUGACAUCAGGACUUGAAUUUUUAUAUUUGCGUUUUUGCUGUAAAGUAUGUGUUUGGUGUAUUAUUGAUGUUGGACAACACGGUAUAUGUGUGCAAGUUCCGUUCUUCUAUGUUUGACUGCGUGAAUGAAGUAUCAGCUCACAUACACACACACACACACACACACACACUCUUCCAGUGCGGUCCAAUGACAAGGUGUCAUGAUGUCGUGUUUACACACAAAAAGAUGUGAAAUAAAGCAAUCCAGAUGUGAAGUGUAGGCUUUAAUCUUUAAUUUAAGACAAUAAAAUAUUUAUAAGGGAUGUCCAAACUUUUUCCAAGAAUCAAAUGAAUACGGGGAGGGUUUUUUAAAUAUUUUUUUUUUUAGUUGGAAAAAGGAAAUUAAAAAAAGCUAUAUAUUUAAAGAAAAAAGUUUACGUUAUUAU